UGCUGCUUCAUCACCGGAGUCUCGAGUUCUGCCCCCCCCACUCACCCCCUCGCCUCGGACCCAGCGGUCUCCUCGCCCCAGGGGUGGCCCCAUGUCCACGUGAAGCUCGCGGGCCACUCUGUGCACGGAAAGGGCGCCACGCGGAGUCGGACGCAGUCGCCGAGUCCGAGAGCCAUGUCGGGCGAGUCGGGGCCAGGGCCUCGCUCCCCCGCGUCUCCCCCAGAGCCCCCCCCUCCCGCCUCGCCCGCCCACAGUCCCGCCCCCACGCCACAGCAGGGCGGGCUGGAGGGGGCGCGCGUCCACCUGCACGAGAAGGAGCUGUGGGGGCGCUUCCACGACGCAGGCACCGAGAUGAUCAUCACCAAGGCGGGACGCCGCAUGUUCCCGGGCCUAAAGGUGCGUGUGUCGGGCCUGUCCCCGCGCACCAAGUACAUCCUGCUCAUGGACGUGUGUCCCGCCGACGGCCACCGAUACAAGUUCGCAGACAACAAGUGGAGUGUGAGCGGCAAGGCCGAGGCGGCGAUGCCCGGCCGCCUCUACGUGCACCCCGACUCGCCCGCCCCGGGCGCCCACUGGAUGCGCCAACUCGUCUCCUUCCAGAAGCUGAAGCUCACCAACAACCACCUGGACCCGUUCGGACACAUCAUCCUCAACUCGAUGCACAAGUACCAGCCGCGGCUGCACGUGGUGCGUGCCGACGAGGCCAACGGCUUCGGCUCGGGGCGCACCGCCUUCAGCACGCACGCCUUCCCCGAGACAGCUUUCGUCGCCGUCACCUCCUACCAGAACCACCGCAUCACGCAGCUCAAGAUUGAGAACAACCCAUUCGCCAAGGGCUUCCGUGGCGGGGAUGAACUGGAGCUGCAGAGGGUGGCACGGUUACACAGCAAGGAGUGCCCGGUGCUCCCGCGCUCCGUGCUACGGCCCGGGAUACCCCGGGACCCGCUCAUCUCCCACGUCGUCAACUCGGGUUUCCAUGGCGACGAGAGGACACUGGUCCCACCCAUCGACGGAGGAGGAGGCGGUGGGAUUUACUUCACGGAAGCGAUCCCGAGCGGUGACUGCCCGUACCGGGCGGCCGGCGGCCGCAAGCGCGGGGGGCCUCAGCGCGGAGGAGGAGGAGGCGGCGGUAACGGCAACGGGGGCCUUCCCGCGACGCCGGGCCACGGCGGCCUCCCCGGCCAGCACCCGGCGUGCUUCCCUUGCGAGCCGGUGCGGGCCCGCCACGCCUGCAUGUACGCCACCACCGCCGCCGCCGAGCUCGCGCCCGCCGUGGGCCCUCUCGCGCCGCCCGAGAUGUCGGCCUACGUCCGAGAGGGCGACGACGGUGACCGCUCGCACGGCCGGCCCACGUCGGACGGCUUGUACGUGCUCUACGGGGGGGCAGGCGCCACCGCCGGCACCGCCGGCACCGGCGGUGUUGUCGGGGAUGCCAUGAACUCGGGCUGCAGGGUGUGGACGCCCGGCGGAGUCGGCGGGGAGAACGCCCAGUCGGCCGCCGCCUCCGGUGGCCUCCACCACCCGGAGUGGAUUCCAGUCGCGACCGGAACGCCGUGCGAGCCCGCGUACCGAGGCUGCGGCGUCGAAGCCGUGCCGGCCUCCGUCUACCGCCGCUGGGACGCGGCCACCGCGGCCGCCGCGGCGUUCGCCCAGGCGUGGGGCAACGGGGCCUCCGCUCCGGCCUGCGGCGGGCAGCAGCAGUACGGGCAGCAGCAGCAGCAGGCGGUGGGUGAAGGCCUCGCCUCGAUGAUGUUCCAGGAUGACGAGCAGUGCCAAGGCCUUGGCCACGAGGCUUCGCCCUGGGCGGCGGGCCUCGUCGGUUCGCCAUUCGGCUCGGGCCUCCCGCUGGCGGCAGCGGCGCCCGGCCUGGGGUCUCCGCACGACGGCGCUGACGUGGGGCUGUUUCUGCAGCAGAAUGCGCGGAGUCUGAAAUGACUGGGGCCCAAAUCCUGAGUCAGGAGGCCGGGAAAAAACACGUCGUGUAGAUUGUGCGCGUGUGUAUAUGUACGUCUGUGUAUAUACUAUAUGUGCUACUCGCUAAUAGCACUUGCCCCAGCAGUCUGUUGAGGCUAUUACGGGGGUCCUUUGUCUUUAUAUAUAUUAUAGAGAUCCCGAAGACGUGUGGAGUGGUGAUUGUAGCGUUUAGCAAGCGCACUGACCGCACUGUGGACCCGGUUUGCCGGGGUCCGAUACGUGAACAGGAUGUCGUGGUUGUUGAUAUCUCAUCAAUGCCCAGCGGAGGCCUCGUCUAGGCUGACUUUGCCUCACAUACGUAGGCCUGCUGCUACACCGUGCAGUGGCCAUGCCGACUCACGCACGCAUCGGGGUGUGUGUGGUGCUGGCCCCAUCACUAACCGGUAACUAUGUGCUCACCAAUCAGCGCUAGGCCAGACAAAAAUGUAGGCUUUUUAUUUUUACUUUUCAUCUAAGGUGACAUCCUAAAGUUACGUGUGCAUAUAUUUGUAUAUGGUGUACAAACGAGAUGGACAUGGUUGGGCAAAAAUGCCACAAUCAAAUGAAUAUUUGGCAAGUUAAAAUGUAUGUUUAUUCAUAUGAGAGGGCGAUCCAUUUGUACAUACCUCAUUGAAGUAAUAGGGAUACAUUCCAGAAACCCAUUUUAUUUUAUUUCAAACCUUAUACACGUCUGCCACUAAUUACAUAGUUUAGGUCCCAUGAUGUAGCUGCUCAAACCCCGAGCUAUGGAUGCUCUGAUUGUGGCACUGCCUUUGUGCUGUUCGCCUUUUGAGACCAGGCUCUGAAGAAAGCUGUCUCUGGCGUGGACACAAUCGGUGUGAAAGACAAUGUCGCAUCAUAUCCUACCAGAGCGUGUUGUUUGUUUGUGUGUUCACCACGGCUACCGUGUGUGUGGUUAAUGCAGUUACAGGAUUCUUUACAGAAGAUUUCUGUUUGCUGUUUGAACAUUUUAACACAACUGUUUUAUUGCCAGAAAGGGUAAAACAUAUCCUCAUAUUUAACCAUAAUCUCCCCUCUGUAAGAUAUGGAACCACCGCGCUCACUAUUCGAUCAACUAUUGAGCUGAAAUGAUAAUUGUUUUUUUACCCUUUUAUCUGGCAACACAACUGACACCUUUUUUUACAAGAAGUCAUGUUUGCAUUGGCAACAAAAAACACAACUCUGAUAAUGAUAUGCACUGUCCUUGAAAUUGAUUGGUCCACACCCGAGACAGCUUUUCUUAGAGCCUAGUCUCACAUGGUGUUGGACCAGAUGACGCCAAAAGGCGCAGCUGAAAGUAAGAGGCAGGAUCGGGUGCCAUCCAGCCAUCAAUGGGGUAUCUGUAAAUGGGUCGCGCUCUCAAGUUUACAGCCAACAUCCAGCAGCACACGCAGAAGUUGAAACUCGAAUGAUAAACCAGUGCGGCAUACAACAUACUUUAUAGACACACUGUGCCACUCGAUGUUUGUGUGUGUGUGUUGUAACCUAUAACCAAUUGAUUAAUUUUAUUAUUGUUAACUGUAAAUUCCUAUUUAUAUGUAAUAGUUAAACAUAGGGGGGGGGGGGAGUGAUUUUUUUUGGUAUCAAAUGGCAAAUGCCACGAUUUUGCCGAUUGUUUUUUUUAAAGGCAAAUAUAAAUCUUGCGACAAGUCUCUGCAGCCAGGCGAGGAUUUGUAUCCGUGUCCUUUAUUUAACCAUUCACGGAUCGUGGUCACCGAAAACCCCUUCUGCAAGCUGUGCUGUGACGAAUGCAUCCAAAUGUGUGUCUCUUUGUGUGUGUAAGUCAGCAACGGAAGGUGCACCUCGCUUCAGUUCACAUCCGUGUACAGGUCAUAAUUUAAAGUUGCUUUAAUUUGAGCUUCUUGAAACUAUUGUUGAUGUUACCAAGCCCCCACUGAGCAUCUAUGGAGCCGUUUCCUCAGAAGCGACCCUGGCCACCACAACUGACAGCCACUCGAUGACGUGGCGGCUUAAUGAUUAUUAUUUAUCAAUGCGGAAAUGUAUAGUCGCAGCCAAAUACUCGAAGACGCGUGGCGAUGUUGAUUCUAAAUGUGGAGGGGAACAUCCGGAGGACCCGGAGACAAAUCCACGCGACAACAGGGAGAGAGAGAGAGAGACACGCAAACUCCAAAUAUACAGCAGCAGCAGGCGUCAGGGUCAGGGUCGAACCCACGACCUCCUGCAUACCAGGCGAGGUAGUCAACAUCUCUGGAUCGAACCCACGACCUCCUGUAUACCAGGCGAGGUGGUUACCAUCUUUGGAUCGAACCCACGACCUCCUGUCUACCAGGCAAGAUAGUUAACAGACCUUUCUCAACUCUAAACCGAUCUUGAAGCAAGGCGGUGGCUUUCCAAGAGUAACCAGCAAGCGGGAACAAAUGAACACAACGCGUACAGAGCGGCCGUUGAUUUUAACCAUUUUAUUCGUCUGCAGUUACUUAGCUAGGAUUUAACCUCACAAAGUGGACAAUUUGCCAAAAACAAUAUUGACAUUCAUUUAUUUAGAACCAUGUUGGGUCAGGCCAAGGGGGGCCUUACUACGGUUGAAACAAGUUACAGUCUUAGCCAACCACAGGGCGAGACCAGCCGUGGGCCAGACACCACGCGCCACUGUCGAUGGGCCCAGUGAGUUUGGGUCUCAUCGGGUCUCCACUGAUCCACCCAGUAAGAGCUGUUGACCCCCAACGAUUAACCGGGAUGGAUUUAACUCACCCCUUUCUGGCAAAACAACAGGAGUUGUGUUCAGAUGUUCAAACACCAAAUCUUUUGCAAGGAAUCAAGUCGACAUUAACCACACACGGUGCCUGUGGUGAACGUGCAAACACACGUGGCUCUGAUCAGGUAUGAUGCAUUGUCUUUGAAAUUGAUUGGCCUACACCAGAGAUAGCAGCCUUCUUUAGGGGCCUCGUCUCACCAGUGUCAGAGCAGAGAACGCUAAAAGGCAAGCGGUACAAAGACAGAGCAUUUACACCUCGGGGAGAGCAGCUAUAUUAAGGGAUACCUUUUUUAUUUUUGAUACUGGCAAAAAAGUCCCAUCAUAAUUGGACUGAUAAAGUCUCCGUGCCUUCCACAGCAAGUCCCUCGUUUUUUUACGCGCGAGCGGGAGUUUGUCGCGUUCUGAAAAAAUGGCGCAUUAUAGCGGAAAAAACGGAUUUAACGAAAACAAUUUCCCCAUAAGGAAUGUAGUAGCGAUGAAGUAUUUUUUUUACGAAACACGACAUGCUACUAUUACUACGCACAGGACGUGGUGAGAAUACGCUGCCGCGGUACUGUACCACUCCCUGUGCCGUGUCAGCCGAGCAGUUCAAGAAAGUAGUUCGUCUUCGACCGCUCAGAAACCGCGUUAUAACGGCAUGCACUCCGCAUUAUAACGGUGCACGUUCACCGUUAUAACGGUGCAACACGUUCAGAGUUAUAACAGUGCGGCGCUCCACGUUAUAACGGUGUGCUUUCAGCGUUAUAACGAGGGUGUGCGCUCCGUGUUGUGCGAAGAGUGUGUUACCUUAUGGAAGAACCAUGUCGCAGCGAUAACGCGUUAUAGUGUGAACAAACGCGCGUUAAGCAAGGACUUGCUGCAUCGGUACAAGUUUUCGUGUGGAUUCUUAGUGGGGUUUUUUUUUCCUAUCAACCAUAGCGAACAAAUGGUUGCAGUGUUCUGAUUAGGCCUGAGAUCCACACAACGCAUUUGGUGAUCCACGUAUUGGCCACUGCUGCUCUAUAGACUACUGAUGGGCAAAUGAGAAUCGCGUUUGCCAGAGAGAAAGAGGGGUUUAUGUUAACCGAAUGAGAGAUGAGAUGCUGAUGCCACUGCGUUUCCCGAGUUUGAAUUGUAGUUCCGCGCAACCUGUGAUUCCUGGACGUCUGUGAAAAAGAGCCUCAUGGCUCAUCAGAUUCCUCCUGAAGUUUAAAUAAAAAUUCUGAUUAUGUGAUUAAACCGCCAGCUCAACAAGUGUAUAAAAUGUUUUUUUCAUAUUUACAGGGACUCAUCUACUUACGAUCGAGUUGGGUUCUCCAGAGGUCUGUUCGUAAGUCGAUUUGAUCGUAAGUCCAACUUUACUCCUGCCGAUUUCAAACGUGUUGUACGGCGUGAACACUAAACGCGGGGAAUGGCAUACAAGUUGUAUAAUGUCCUGUAAAUGUAGAUGCUACUGGUUCUUCACGUUCUGCAGAUGUAGAUGCCACCACCGCCCUCCAUUGCGCGGCAGUUGAACUUACAAAUCUGUCCGAACAGGCAACUGGACAUACGGACAGGUUUGUUCGUAUCUCUGAAAGGUCAUAAUUCGAAUGUUCGUAAGUAGAAGAGUCCCUGUUUAUAUUUCGAACGGUUCACCAAUUACUGCAGAGAAGGUGCGUUUUCACUUCACGUGACAUAUUCCAGCUUAACACGUAAUAAACAUUGCUUUCAUUACGAACCUAUGGACUCUAUUUAUAAGGCGUAUUAAGUAGGGUUUGACAAACUCCAUUCGGCCCACCAACAACGCCACGUUCUUUCACAUUCAAGUACAACUCAACUCGUCCCACACUACACGCAUCCGAUUGGUUAAACACUACCCACGUGGCGCGCGCUGAGAAAAUGGCGAUGUCUGCGUUACGUGGAACACGUGUACACACACACACACGUGUACACGCGCUUACGUGGAACACGUGUACACACAAGGAACACGCGUACACUCACACAAGGAGCACGUGUACACACAAGGAACACGUGUACACACACACGCGUGUACAUACACACACAUGUGUACACGCGCUUACGUGGAACACGUGUACACACACGGAAUACGCGUACACUCACACAAGGAGCACGUGUACACACAAGGAACACGUGUACGCACGCAUACACACUGAGAUCUUCAUUUAAAACGACUCGCGUAUCGCAGUCAGCGUCAAUUACGCAUCGUGUCACGUGGGACUUGCUUAAGAACCAUGACGCAAGUGCAGUGUCGGAUUCUUGUUUCAUUUGAGUGGAUUGUGAAUUGGUAAACACGACGAAAUGUAGUGUGGUGCGUCGUACGGAUUGGAGAUUGGGAAAAAAGCCAGAUGUCAAGGAAUGGCACCUCACGUCGACCUGGGUAAGAGGCCGGUUUUUAAGUGACUUCAGAAAUCGUUCUGUGGCGUCUUCUUGCCGGAAAGCCGAACUCGGACACGAGGUGACGUAAACGUUGUUGUGGGGGUUACUCUGCAACCCACAACCGGCUAGUGCUGAACUAGUAACUAAAUGCCACGUUUUGUUUACGUGACGGACAUUACUAAUUGGCUGUGUCAGGUGGGGAUGGGUUAACCACACAUUUAUACUUAUAUCUAACCCAAAAAACCCGUUUUUAUGGAAGAGGUGAUGAUUGUGUUCGCGCGGUGACACGACGCUGAUUGGACAAUAUAGAUAACCUGUACGUCGGGAUUUCUCAAACUUUUAUAUUUACAAAAAUAUAAAUUAGUCAAACGCUGCUGGAUUUUUCAUUACUUUGAGCUAAAUUAGUCAAACGCUGCUGGAUUUUUCAUUACUUUGAGCUAAAUUAGUCAAACGCUGCUGGAUAUUUCAUUACUUUGAGCUGAAGAGACAAUCCUCGAACGACCCCUCCAAUUAGUUUAAUUUAUAAUCAAAUUU